AAAUAAUUGAUAAGAAUACAGAUAUGAAGCCUUUCGAUGCAGUUUUAAUUGACAUUCCCCCGAUCAUCUUCAUCUUUAAUCAGUUGAAAGUACAUACAUAACUCUCGGAAUUACCUCUGAGUGUAUGGUGAUUAUCAAACUCAAUCUGCGUCACCUAGUUUUGUUGUGCAUCAGAAGUCUCUUCGUCACUGCUGUAUGUGAAUUUAGUUUCUACUUUUAACGUUAUGGUUAACAUUUCCUGUGAGUUACUUCUGGUCUGAUUGGAGUAUCCGGACAUUUUUGAUUUGAGGAGGACAGUACAAAAGAGUAGAUGCUUUUCUUCAUGACUCCAAGGACAUUGGUUUCCAUCUGAGCCAGUUGCGGAUCAAUUUGUUCAAGAUGAAACCUCCUAAGACACAUAUUAAGACGCAAACCUCCAUGGCACAUGCUCAGGGUUGCCCUGGGCUUGAUUCGUUGAAGUAUGAUGAGGCAUGCUUUGAAGUGGCCUUUAACAGCAGUGGAAAGCAUGGAGUUAAGGUCUUAGCACAAACUGCAGAGUGUUAUUUGUGUGACCUAGAGGAGUUGGGGCAUUUACCAGCGAAAGGUGGGAAUCAUUACUUCAAAAUUAAUAAUACAGCUUAUCCGUUGAAGUUUGCCUUUGUUGAUGACAGGGAUGACCAACCCUUGUGCCACUUGAAGUUUCAUUUUGAGGAACAUGGCUUGUAUCGACUAAAUAUCUCAAAUAAUACCUGUUCACCAGUUGAAACCAUCGAACCCCCACACAAUAUUUAUUCCCCUUUUCUCCACUUGAUAGGAGCGUAUGUGAUCUGUUUGAUUCUAUACCAACUUUUUAAAUGCUCUCAUGUCUUCCUCUUGUCUUGGCGAUCACGUAGCAGUUUAAUAUCCUCAGAAAUCAGAAAUGAUCUUGGCAGCGUGAGCAGUGGUGGAGACUCUGCUGUGUUACUUAGGACAGAACCCCCAACACCUCAGAAAAAAAAUAAAGCCAGGGUCAAAGCUCUCGAUGCUUUUAGAGGGAUUGCAAUCUGUCUCAUGAUGUUCGUCAACUAUGGCGGAGGAAAGUACUGGUUCUUUAAACACUCAGCAUGGAAUGGUUUGACUUUUGCAGAUCUAGUAUUUCCAUGGUUUACUUGGAUCAUGGGUGUUGGAAUAGCAAUAUCCUUGAGAUCGCAGCUUCGAGCUUGUGUCAAAAGGAAGCAAAUAUUCAUCAGUGUUCUCCGCCGUGCGUGCAUCCUCAUUAUUCUAGGGGUUAUUUUGAACUCUCAGCAUCAAAACGAUCUCUCACAAAUGAGGCUCCCUGGCGUUCUGCAGAGGCUGGGCUUGGCCUACUUUAUAGUAGCAUCCAUUGAGACUUGCUUCAUGGAGAAACAAACGGUCGAUCAAAAUUCUGCGAGAUGGAUAUUCAUGCCAGACAUGCUGGAAUCAAGAGCUCAAUGGUUCGUGGUCAAAUGCUUGCUUGGAACGUACUUUCUUAUUAUUCUCUUUCUACCUGUUCCGGGUUGCCCAACCGGCUAUUUUGGUCCAGGUGGGCUCCACAACCACUCCGCUUUCUUCAACUGCACUGGUGGAGCUACUGGCUAUAUCGACCGGUUGGUCUUUGGAGAAAAUCAUCUUUACCAACGACCCACAUCGGCCAAAAUUUAUAAAUCGACCAUCCCAUUCGAUCCAGAAGGCUUACUCGGAGUUAUCCCAACAGUUUUCCUCAUGUUUUUGGGUGUCCAAGCAGGGAGAAUUUUACACUGUUACCAAUCAACAGAUGCAAGGGUGAAACGCUGGAUUUUUUGGAGUGUGUUAACAGUUGCAAUGGCUGCGGUUCAGUGCAAAUUCGCUAAGGAAGGAGGAUACAUCCCCAUCAAUAAGAACUUGUGGUCGUUUUCAUUUGUCCUGGUCACAGCCAGCUCAGCAUUCUUUAUUUUCUUUGCUUUAUCCCUCCUCAUCGAUCAUUUCCAGCUCUGGUCUGGCACACCCUUUAGACAAGCUGGAAUGAACGCAAUUCUGUUAUACGUAGGGCACGAUGUGACCCAUGACGUUUUUCCCUGGAGCUGGAAACCUCACUCUGUUUCCUCGCAUUUUGAGUUUUUGUUCAUGAAUGUUUGGGCUACAGCCUUGUGGAUGUUAAUAGCAUUUGCUCUCCACAAAAAAGGCUUCUUCAUCACAAUUUAGUCCAGUCGUUAGCCCCUGUAAAUUUUGGGGUCUCCGUCAAUGCUCCAGUUCUAGCGGUAAAUGUAUUAUUUCUUUUUACCCAUAUCUUAGUGUACAAAUUUUACUUCGUUUCAGCACUGCUCUCUGUGCAGAGAAGAAUUAACUGUGAUCUUAAUGUGCAUGACCACUAAGUUUCUCUCCCAAAAACUUGGUUUUAUUGUUAAGACAAGCUCAAAUUGAAAAAUAAUCUGAAUCCACCCCAAAAGAAAAAAAUUAUACAGCACUGAAAAUUUCCUAUGGCUCAGUUUGAUGUGUUUAAUAUUUGUGUUUUAAUGGCUGUAUCCCAUAAUUGGACGCAUGUAUGUUAAAUAGAACUAUGUUGCACACAAACCCCAUGCUCAUAGUUGCUGUCAGCAUAAAUACGUCCAAUUUAGUAAAGGGUUAUUAGAUUCUCUCUUAUGGCAAAUUCCUUUGUCCAUGGAGAACCAAACUUCUGCUUUAAAAAAAAAACCCCUGUGAUGGCUUUAUCCAUUGUUUUCUCAAAAGGGUGUUAUUGAGAUGAUCAUUGAACGUUAAACUUCAGAGUUUGCACUAAUGUCAAUUUUUUAUUGUGUUAACAUAUUAAUUUAAUGCAACAUAACUCAAUUUUCUAACAUCUUGCUGUUGCCAAAUUAUAUAUUUUCCGCGGACUGGCAUUUCCUUAAAUACUAAAUCACUCUAAUUCAAUUCAGUAUUCUUUAAGGUUUGAAAUCAUCACAUAAAAUAUUACAUUCGAAAGGAAUGUUAAAAUCAAAUAUGUACUUCCUUUUUUACGCACACCUCUUUUCCUUAGUCUAAACUAGUUUAGUUUCCACAAAGAUAAGAUACUUCUCCUAAAAUAUUCCUGGUGUAAGAAGAAUUCAUUGAAUGCUGUCAUUGAAUUGAUUGAAGUGUCUUGUUGAUCCAUAGAUAUCGGUUUUGAGGUGUCAGUAAAAGCUGAGAUUUCUCGUGGUUUCAGAUCAUAAUAAGCAUUUUGAUUUUGUACUGAUUGACCUUGUGAAACAACCCUGAUAUACUCCAGAAAAAAUUGAACCUUUAAUGAUCAAAUAAUAAUUAACUUACAUUAGGAGACUGGAAAAAAAUGUCCAAGUGAUCGUUACUAUCUGAUCUGGAGAUGUUUUGAAAGCUUUUCAAAAUUGCAAUUAAUUUAAGAAUUUAUAUUUUAAAUAAUAGAUAAUCUCAUCCUGAAGGGAGGUAUUCAAGGUUCAUAGGCUUUUACACCAUGUGUAUUGUUUAGAAUUGAAUCAUCUUGCAGUAAGGGAUGAUGCAGCAGGGAAUUUGCUGAUGAUACUCCAUUAUUUGGGACCUGCGUGGAGAGGAGGUCGGUUCAGAAAAACCAACUUUUUUAGAUUUCUAUUGAAUCAAAUUUAAAAUUCUACAGUGCCUUAAAAAGCUAAGUUGUGGCUUUUUGGACAAAUUUUCUCCUGUAUCUUAGUGAGGAGAUAUUGAGUGGGUAAACUUACUCCCUGGACGACCCUCCGGAACUGGUGUAGUGUAUGUGGCCUUCUUUACCUGAGUUGGAAAUUCUCUCUUUAAAUUUAAAAUGUGUUACCCAUCAGAAGGGGAAGCUUCAACAUAUAAUGGUAUACUUUAACUAGUCCGAAUUUAAAACCAUGAGAAAUCAGCAACUGUGAUUAUUUAGGUUAAUUUUGAGGAAGAAAGAAUUAUCUUAUUUUUUUAAUUUACGUUUAAUGUUCUACAAUGUUAUUAUGUAUUUGUGUUGGAUCAAAACAAUUUUGGGGCUUCUUUGCUUAACACACUUAAUUUGGAGGUAAUUUCCUAAGAAAGUGAAACUUAUUUAUAUAUUUUUUCUAAAUGUUGGCUUAGUUUUAGAAUCUUAAGUUUUUUAUUUUGUAAGUUUGGUAAGAAAAAAUGUGAGAAAAAUUUGUGUAGUCAUUGUAAGGAAAAAAUCCGAUCGUAAAAAUGGUUUAUAUUGUCGUGUUGCAUUACAAUUAAGGAGGUAGGCACAAGAAAGCCCUCAGGGCUCAAAUGGUCUGUUUGUGGGAAACUACUCAUCCAAUUUUCCAUAUCCAAUGGAAUAUCUUUACAAAAUUUUAUCGUUCUAUGUCAAAAAUUGAGCAAGAUUAGCGGAUUUUAGUAGAGGUGAAGAGAUCAUUUGUAGGACCUACGCAACACCCAAUAUGACCUCUGCAUCAAAGUGUUUUUUGACAGUAUCUAUUUAAGUUUCCUCUGUUCUCUAUGAGUCUAGGAGUUCAUAUUUUCAGUGUUAUUUCUCUUGUCCCUUUCAAUUUGUAAAUAAGUGUCGUAAUGAUGGCUGAAGUCGAAAAAUGCAUAUCUGAGAUUGCGACAUUAUAACCUUCUACUCAUGUUUUAUUUUCUAAAAAGGAAAACUAACUUACAGUCCCUAUUGACAUUUUCUUCACGCAUUCUAAAGAAAUUGUAUACAAUUUCAAGGGAAAAUUUUAAUUCAUUUUGCAGAGAAUAAUAAAUUAUAAUCGCUAAUUUUAAAAGUUACAGUUGAAUCGGGACAUGCGAAAACCGCUAAUGUCCAUUUUUCCAGUCUUCAGUUUUUUUGAGUUGAUAACACUUUUCAGAGUUGAAUGCAACCACAAAAGUGGCGUCAAUACUCGUCUUCGGGUUACCUUAAUCCCAAAACGAGUCCUUUUAUCUCUUUUAUGUCCGUAUCGACUCAAAAAAACUGAAGACUGGAAAAAUAGACAUCAGUGGUUUUUGCACGUCCCGAUUCAAUUAAGGUAUGUAGUUUUCGUAUUUAAGCAUUAAAUCCUUAAAUUCACGGUUUUUCAUGAUAAAAUAUACUUUUAACGUUUGACGCGGGAUGUUUCCUUUAAAUAAUAUCUUUAAACAUGCACUCGAACUGAGGAUGUUGUUCAAUGCAAGAGGACCUUCUUAUCUCUUAAACAUAACUUUAAAUGAGAGGACUUUCAUCGUGGAAACUUAAAAUUGACAACAAGUGCAAUAAUUUUUUUUUCAAUGACUUAUUCUUAUUUAUAAUUUACUAGCAUAAUAAAUGAAACUGAAACUUAGAGCCUGUUUCCUCAAAUGGCUAUCAUGGGCCUUUUUCCAGUUACCUCCCGGAUUACAAAAUGGAUUUUUCUUUUGAACAUCAUUGUUGAUUAUUGUGUAAUUUGAUGUAAAAGUUGAUCUUAAAAGUAUUCUUGUAAUUGAGGAAAUGUGUAUGAGGCGAGUCUUUUAAACUUUACGCUUAAACGUCUGCUAAGAGCUAUCUCUUAUGUCUAACUGUGCAGUGUUAGACAUUUUUUUUCCUUCAAAACAACUGUUUAUGCGCAGAUCAAGUCUAAUCAGCUCCUUUAUAUGUGAUCAUUUUUUCAAACUAAAAUUGUAUCUUAAAUAGUUCAGCACUUAGCUUAAUUGUAAGAGGAGGAAUGUAUUAUUUAGAAGGACUGCAUUUUGGGACAAGGAACUACUAUUUCUGGCUCAUCCAUACAAACAUCUAUCCACACAGCGAAACUAUUGGUACAUAUGCUGUUUCUAAAAUGAGCCGGAGACAGUAGUUCCUUAUUGAAAAAUGAAGCCCUGUUGUUUUAAGUGAUUCUGGUGCAAUUUUCAAGGGAUAGUAUGCAUUGCCUCCAUUUCAAUAUACUCACGACUUCAACAAUUAUAAGCAGCGGCUCAAUGUUAUGAGGAAGAGGACAAUUGAAAUGAAUUGUGAUGUUAGUUAGUUUGUAUUCUUCUGCAAGAAAUCAAUUUUAUUUUCGGGGAUGUACAAAUGAGGAUAAUUAGUGAGGAUUGUAUAUUGGAAGUUAUAAUUCUCAGCAGAAGCAAACUUGUAUCCUACUUCUGUACCCUUAUGGUGAAAUGUUUCUUUAUUUGCCAUUGACACCAUGAUUGAUUUAAAAGGUUUGUGAUGUGAGAAUGUGAAACAAUUUGAAAUAGCAUCUUUGCGGAAAUUGUUUCUGCGAAUGAAAUUUUACGAGGUUUUGGGCUGUGUUCAUAGUCAUCUCUCUUACUUCAACGCAUCUUUAAGCAUAUGUCAUACAUUGGUUGAGGGAUAUUGUGAGGCAGUGGAAUUUCUGUGAACAAUGAGCACUGAGUUAUUUUUGUGGAAAAAAUAAAGUGAAAGAAGUUUGCCAUACUACAUCUUUGAAGUGAUUUUCGUAUUUUAUGUGUUGAAUAUCUUAUCAGUGUAAGAAAUUGCAUUUAGUGAGUUGAUUUUUUAGCCAGAAAUUACUUUCAUCAAGGGAAAAUUUUACAUACAUUACACCCCAAGUUUACAACUUCAGUCUAAACGUUUCAAAGUCAUGAAGUCCCAUGUAAUUUUUCAAGUUAAACCAGUUUUUCUCAGAAUUCGAGUAUUAUACGUACUUAACUUCUCAAUGCCUUGGACCCUUUGAUUAUCAUCUUGUAUGAAAACCUUCAUCAGUUGUUCAGCCAACCACUUAUUUUGUUCUUUUUUCAAUGAGUAACAAACUCAUCAAAGUCUCGUCCAAGUUUUGAAAAAUCUCAUUUAAUGUAAUUGUAUCAGGUUCCCUCAUGAGCGUUGUAAAAAAUUUGAUCAUAACUGAAUACCACCAUCAGGACUACCUCCUUUGGAUUUAAAACUCCAUCUCUUUCCUUCUUCUUUUUUUAUAUUAAUGAUCUUUCAACUUUGCCUCUCAAUCUUAUAUUUUCUAAAAGUCUCUUUUAAUUUUAUGUCUUUUACUAUGAAUAAAUAUUUUGUUACAUUCA